GUCAUGGCAGAUUGGCUCACUUCUGGAUACCUGGAAGCGGCACUGCGUCGCCAUUACCAGAACAAAGAACUUCGAGUGGAGUCGAUGGUCAUAAAAACCGCUCUAGGGAAAGGAGAGAACUAUGGUGCUAUUUUAUCACGCAUACGCCUUGUGUACAGCAGCAAAGUGGAGGAACAUCUGAUAGCCAAGACUGUGCUCGAGGAUGAAGACGCCGAGACCAGAAGAAAGAAGGCCCCAUAUGAUAUUUACAAUCGGGAACUGGAGAUUUACGAGCAAGUGCUGCCCAAAUUGCAGCAACUUGCCGGCGUACAACUAUGUCCCAAAGUGCUGCACAUUGAUCGUCAAAGAGGAGCCCUCAUAAUGGAGGACCUGACCUACAAGGAAUUUGUGAUGGCCCCACGACUCCAGAGAUUGGAUGAGCAGCAUGUGCGUUUGGUUCUAAGGAAGUUGGCCAAAAUGCAGGCAGCAUCAGCGGUUUUGGAGAACAGUUCUUUGGAACAUACCUUCUCUCUAACUAAAUACGAUAGGGGCUUCUUCAAUCGUCAUACAGAAAGCUUCAGUGCCUACUUUCUGGGCUGCCUUAAGUCCUGUGCCAGUUACCUUAAUACUCAGGCGGGCUAUGAAUGCCAUGCGAAACUAUUAGACGAGCUGGCUCCCUAUUAUAUGGGACUGGGACUUCGCUGUUUUCAGCCCGAGGUGGCGCACAUUAAUGUCCUUACCCACGGCGACUUGUGGACAAACAACAUGAUGUUCAAAUACGAGGCGGGCGUGCCGAGCGAUGUCCUUCUGAUUGACUUUCAGUAUGCCUUCUGGGGUUCGCCCACGCUGGACAUCCAUCAUCUGCUCAACACGUCGGCCGUGGAGCAAGUGAGGAGUGAGCUGCAGAUGGAGAUGAGAUGUGUGUACCACGAUGUCUUCGUGGGGGAGCUGCAGAGGCAUGGCUUCAAAGGUCAGAGGUUGCCCAGUCGAAAGCAGUUUCACCUGGAGUCGGAGCAAAAACGGUUUUAUGCUGUUCAUUGUGGCCUGCUGCUGCUACCUGUGUUGUUAAACACCGAUGAAACGGAUGCGGAUUUCGCCGCGCUUCUGUCGGAUCAGCCGCGUGGAAUGAAUAUGAAAAGGCGGCUGUAUCUCAACCCUGGCAUCCAGGACUCCAUUAAGCAAAUGGUGAAGCAAUUCGAGCGGGAAGGUCUCCUGGACCCGUGGCAAUUCGAAGGCUUCUGAACCUGGUAGAAGCGGAUUUUCCGCUUUUUUUUCAUAAACUCCCCCAUUAGACAUUUCAAUUAGACGAGCUAAUAAACAUAAAACAUGGCAGCCACAGCCGCAGGCAUUUUAAAGCC